AUGCUGGUGUUUGAUUGGUUGUCUCGCAGGAGGAUUAAGGCGAAAACGCUCUACUUUCAAUGAAGCUCAAUGGAGACUUAAUAGGAACUCAGUCGAAUUUAAGCAUUUUUGUUUCUUUAAAACACCAACAGAGAUCUGAUUUAGACAGUUCUACCUCCGUGUUUAUUUAAAAAGAGACUUUAUCAGUUUGUUCGGACAGUUUUCGUUCAGAUCUUGAAGUUUUUUCUUCAAGUGUUUGAAUGAGGAAAUCAGGCUAACGGUAUGUAGCAUGCUAACCUGAAAGAGAGAGACGUUUCUGUUUCACAGUUUGACACAAAUCUACAGAAAGGUGAGUUUAGAGGACGUUUACUCACUUUAAACAACAGAAUUAAUCAAAUUAAAGUCAGUUAAUGUGGUGGUAACUGUGCGGGUAAAUCUGGGUCAGGGUUCGGACCAGGAUCAGGGACUCGGUUCUGUUCUAAUCCACCUUCAUGUCUGUCUUUAUCCCUCGAACCCAGCUCCUUCGGCAGGUAUGACCGAGUACAAACUGGUGGUGGUCGGGGCGGGAGGUGUGGGGAAGAGCGCCCUGACCAUCCAGCUGAUCCAGAACCACUUUGUGGACGAGUACGACCCGACCAUCGAGGUGAGAGAGACCGGAACCGUCAGUCCAGAUUAACCUGAAAAACCCCUGACCCUGUUCUUUAGAGGGGUCAGAACAGACCUCUGCAGACUCACCUGUCCAUACCUGUUCUCACUCUGGACUCUAACAGGAUAUAACGUCACUCUCUGUUAAGGAGCGGGUGGGUUCGGCGAUAAAACUAUAACGAUAUAUAUCGAAAAUUAAUUACCCUCAAUAUCGAUAUAAAACAUGAUCAAUAUGCUUUUCAAUAGUCAUUCUGCGAUGUUUUGGUCGACUAUAUGAUUAGUCAGGCUGGGACGAUAUGCUUUUCUCACGAUUCGAUUCUUCUGCGUUUUUUUGGAUGCUGAUUUGAUCAAAAUUGCAAUUCUACGAUAUUUUCGAUUUUUUAAAUUUUGACUGAAUAGCCAACGAAAAGGGGAGUUUCUCCGGUCCGCUUAGUGUUGAACUAGGGCUGGCCGAUCUGUGAAUUAAUUUAUCAAGAUAUCGGUCUCUUUGACGUUUUGUCGUAAGGCGUUGCUCUAGAGAAAGCCGACUGAAUGGUCGUCUGUUUCGGCUCCUCGCUCGCUCUACUCGGGGUUUGUAACCUUUUGCGCGUGCUCUGCGGCGUGGCGCUGCUUCAGGUGGUGAAAAAGAUUUGAGGUAUUCCCCGACUUUGUGAGAACAUGUACUCGACAUAAUCGUAUAGUCGACCAAACACGGCAAAAUGAUGAUUAUUGAAAAGCAUAUUGAUCAUGUUUUAUAUUGAUAUUGAGGGAAAUUUAAUAAAUUUUCAAUAUAUAUCAUUAUCAUUUUAUCCCCCAGCCCUACAUUGAACCAAUCAUGUGCUAAAUUAGAGGAAUAUACCUUCCUCAUCAUUAUAACUUACCUCAAAAAUACUGAAUAAUUUCUGUAUAUUUAUUGGAAGAGGAUUAUUUCUAGCUUUAAACAUUUGAGCUGUUUGAUGUUCCACUAUGUCUGUGAAUUUUAACACUUCAGAAAACUGCAGAAAUGUUUUUUUAAACGGUGGUUAGCGGCUGAUUUCAUGGCUUGUUUUUAAAAAGGUAAACUCCCAUAUUUACGAAUCACACGUAGGCUACUUCAACAUUAUGAUUUAAAGGAUUUAAAAUGCAUAAAUAUCAAACUGUUGAAAAGUUUGUUCAGGUCGACUCUCAGUACUUUUCAGCAGAUCAUCAUGAGUCACUUUCUGAAAGAUGAAAAAAUGAACUUUUUUUCACAUUAUAAUGUUACAAAAUAGAGGAUAUGACGAGACAGAAGAUGUAAAAACAGUUUAUUCGUUCAGGUGUGUGCUCCAUGACACCCCAGUGAAGAUUUCCAGUUUCCUGUAAAUCAUAUUCCUGCAGAUUAAACGAUAAUAAACUUUUAUUUCUGAUUCAUGAGGGUCUGAAAGAGACUUUAAUGUCGUUUCUGACCGGUCGAUGUCUGUGACUGUUUAUAAAGUGGACUUAAGGACUUAAAUCCAAAUCUGCAAAGUAAAGAUUUAAUAACAGAAGUGCAAUGAAGCUAAUGCGAAUUAAAACCAGCAAACACCAGGACCCGCUGUGACAAAUCCACCGUUAGAAAUCCGUCCAGAACCUCCUCAGAGUUGAUCCGGAGUCAGUAAAACCCGUUAAAAAGCCUUUUAGAGCAAACGGCUCUCCUCUAAACCCUCAUUAGCUCCAAAUAAUCACCUCAGACGAGCUGAAAUCUGCUCUGCUCCAUAAUCUUGUUCAUAAAUCUCUCCAGACGCCGCCGAGCGCUGACUCAGUGAACGUUAUCGUUUCAAAGACGUGGCGUUCGUGUUUCUACAUGACGGAGCAGAGUCAGAGUCAUGGGAGGAAUAUGAGGAUGAAUGUGACGUAACCCGCCGACAGGCUGCUUGGCAGGCGCUCAACUGGUGCCGCUUUGUGAUCAUGUGACUUCUGCUUACAGGACUCGUACAGAAAGCAGGUGGUGAUCGACGGAGAGACCUGUCUGCUGGACAUCCUGGACACGGCAGGUCAGGAGGAGUACAGCGCCAUGAGAGACCAGUACAUGAGGACGGGGGAGGGCUUCCUCUGUGUGUUCGCCAUCAACAACACCAAGUCCUUUGAGGAUGUUCACCUGUACAGGUACAUGAGGCCGCCAUGACCUGUCACUCAUUAAACAGUGAGGAGACCACGACUGUCCGUCAGAGCGGCCAGUCCCACAGAGGGAAAACUGAAGAUCAGGAAAUCUGAGAGAAAAUCUGCUUAAAAAACACAAAACAAAUCUGUGAUCACGUUUUCUCCUCAGGAGUGUGACUCUCUUUAAAGGGAUAUUCAGGCGUAAAACUAAUUUAGGGUCAAACCCACCGUAACACCAAGUUAGACCCCCCCUCCAGAGAUGAAUGUUGUCGACCGCUUGCUUCUCUAGUUAUACCAACUUUAGUAACAACCGCAGGAUAGAAAUACAGAGAGCCACGCCCUCAACCAAAACGCCACUCUAUAGCCACAAAUAAUGUUCAGAACAGCACCUAACUUCAUCAACAGGACAUAUAGGGUCACAGCCAUAGUACUAGACACCAAACAUCUUUUUAACUUUGACUCAUUUCUUUAGCAAAGAGACUAAACACAACUCACCUACUCUCUUCCAGCAGACGCUUGUUUGUAGAGAGACCUCAGGCCAGUCCAUUACAGACUACAGCGGGGUGCCGCAGCUCAAGGAAGAACAUUUAUGAUCAUUUCUUCAUCAUUUCCUUGAAGUAAUAAUCACCAUAUUGAUCAUUUUACAGACACGGUAGUUCUUCUGUCUUAGCGUCUCGGCCUGAUUGUAUUUCCAUGAAGAAAUGAUCAUAAAUGUUCUUCUGUAGUCUGUAAUGGACUGGCCUGAGGUCUCGCUACAAACAAGCGUCUGCUGGAAGAGAGUAGGUGAGUUGUGUUUAGUCUCUUUGUCUAGUACUAUGUCUGGGACCCUAUAUGUCCUAACCUCAGUAGAACAUGGUGUAGUUCUGUUCAGUAACAGAACCUCAUUGGAAAAUUAGCUGAUUUAACUUUACUGUGCUCUUGUUCAAAUAUAUUAACUCGACAGCACAUAAAUCCAUACCUGUUAACAAAAUCAUGAUUUUAUUGAUAAUUCGGCUCAAUAAAAACACCUUUACCUUUUCAUUUUACUACAGUAGAAGUUUAUUGGCCAAACUUAUAGACUACAGAAAUGUCUCUCUGUAUUUCUAUCAUGCGGUCUUUACUAAAGUUGGUAUAACUAGAGAAGCAAGCGGUUGACAACAUUCAUCUCUGGAGGGGGGGGUCUAACUCAGUGUUUGACCCUAAAUUAAUUUUACGCCGGAUUAUCCCUUUAACUAACCUGAAUACUGUCUGGACGGCCGGCUGUAAACCAUGACUCUAACGCUGCUGCUGCUUGUGUUUCCUGGUCAGAGAGCAGAUCAACAGGGUGAAGGACAGCGACAGCGUUCCCAUGGUGCUGGUGGGGAAUAAGAGCGACCUCAGCACUCGCACGGUGGAGACGCGACAGGCGCAGGAGCUGGCACGGAGCUACGGCGUGCCUUUUGUGGAGACGUCUGCCAAAACCAGACAGGUCAGGAAUGACUCUGAUCGUCAAACUGAGGGGAGAUAUCGGGUUUUUGACGAUCUUCUGAAAUGUUGAAAUCUUGAUGUCAUGAGUGAUCGUCUGUUUCAGGGCGUGGAGGAAGCGUUCUACUCACUAGUGCGGGAGAUUAGAAGAUACAAGGAGACCAACCGCAGCAACAAGAAGAGCAAGAAGAACACUCAGAGACGUUGCACAAUACUAUAGCAAACCACACACACACAUGCACACGCACACAAACGAAGCAGCAGCAUCCUUUACAGCACUUGUUUCAUCCGCUCUUCUUCUCCUCCUCCUCCUCCUCCUCUUUUGUCGGAGACGUCCAGCACAGCGCUCCAGGAGAAAUCCCUUUUUUCGGAGAACAUCCACGGUGCGGCGGCGGCGUCCUCUCACAGCAGGAAGUCAGACGUGUCGUUGUCGCGCAGACGUCUGCAGAGUUUAGUUUAUUUUUUUGAAGUGAGAACAAACUAUUUUUGGGUCGAACCGAAUUUUUUAAGUUUCCAAAAACCUUAAAGAGAUCGAGUCUGUGGGGAUGAAUCUCUCUUUGUCCUCUGGUCGGUGUUUUUAUCCGCUCCUCUUCUCCAUGUUGAACUUUUGCAGAUAUUUUCAAACUGUUUAUGGCCAACGCUGAUGUUUUCACGCUCCUUUGUUUUCACCGAGGAAGAAUCAGCUGUUUCUGUUUUUAUAGAUCCAGUUUGUGUCCGUCUGUCUGUCCUCAACGUUUCAAACUAGCCGACAUGAGUGAGGCGUGAACCGUCAGGCCGAUCAUUAUCUCCACAGAAACGCUCACGUCUGCUGAUCCCAUAAUUAACGUUGCCGUCGCUGAGAUCACGCCGAUUUAACCCAAACCUGCCGGGUCUCUGGUAUUCGUCUUUACAGUCGCUGUGAUGUUGUUUUUUGAAAGUCUGUCCCUCGUGUUUUUGGAGGUUUCCGUCUUCAGUGAGAUCUCAAUUCCCCCCUCAGCUGCGUCGGAUCACACCGGAAACAGAACCUCGAACCCGUGUUCCACUCUUAGGUGCACUUUAUUCCUCCCUCAUGUUCGUGGUAGAUCCAGUUAGCAUUAGUGCCAUUUUUUUUUUUAACAGUUUACCCAGAAAUCGAGUUUUUAUCCUGAGCUGAGCGUCUACUGAUGUCUCCAUGGUGAUCCGGUUUCAUGGCGUUCUCAGUGUUUGAAGGUCGUGGCUGAAAUCUUUGUGGUAGUAAAGACGACACGUGAACCUGACGGACGCUCAGAUCAGUGGUAGUUUUCCCACAUUUUUAUAGCAGUGUGUGAUUUUUUUAGUCGGCCGUUGUCAAAUAAAGUCUAUUUUUGUAGCAGCAGAAACGACAUUCCCAAACUUCACAGAUCUGGAUGAAGACUCCAGUGUUUACAUGUUUCUUCAGUCGAGUCCUGCCAACGACGACGACGAUGAGUCGAUGCAGAUUUGAGAUUUUUUAUCACUGUCAGGAAGGAAAAACUGUAAAAUGUACAAAACUUCAUCUGAUCCCGACGAGUAUUUUAACCGUCAGCUGUGUAACCUUUAAGCAUCCUGCUGUAACGAACAAGUAAACGUCUUCAGCUUUUAAAAACCUG